GACGUUAUACGUAUAGGAAGUGAUCCUCUUUGGCCUCGAUUCGUCGUUCGAAGCCGUUCCGUGUCAUGCCCGAAGACCCAUUACGUGCUUCUUUUGCCCACACAGGUGCUUCCGAGCCCUCUCUGCGUCUCUCAUCCUUCGACUUCGGUGAAGCCGGGAUCGCCGCUCAUCCGUUCAAGCCCGUCCUACGCCGUCAACUCAACAGUCACUUAGAUGUGCUGUCAACUGCGGUGUUCGCCGCCGGCCUUCGCAACUGA